GGUACUUUCUCCGCUGCCUCUUUCUCGGCGCUGGAGAGUGUGGGACCAGGGCUGGAGAGACCGCCGGGGAGCAUCAGCAGAACCAGUCCAGCACGGAGCCUCGCCUGGCCGACCGCUGCGCCGUGCACUCUUCUUGGGGACUGCACAAAAUUCCUGUGAAAUAUAACUGCUUUUAAUGGCAUGUGGCUUGUAACUUUACUUCUGCUGUAUUCUUUGCAAGAAGUCAACAGUGAGGAUGUUGUCUCUACGCGGCUGUACUUUGUGAACGCCUCCCUGCAGCGGGUGACCUUCUCCAGCUCGGUGGGGGUGUCCCUGCCCUGCCCCGCGGGUGGCGCCCCCCAUGCCGUCCUGCGCUGGUACCUGGCUGCCGGAGACGACAUUUACGACGUGCCCCAUAUCCGCCACGUGCAUGCCAACGGCACCCUCCAGCUCUACCCUUUCUCCCCCUCCGCCUAUAACAGCAUUAUCCAUGACAACGAAUACUUCUGCACUGCUGAGAACCAAGCGGGCAAGAUUCGAAGCCCCAGCAUCCACAUCAAAGCAGUGUUCAGGGAGCCCUACACAGUCCGUGUGGCCGACCAGCGCUCCAUGCGGGGUAAUGUUGCCGUGUUCAAGUGCCUCAUCCCCUCAGCUGUCCAGGAGUAUGUCAGCGUUGUUUCCUGGGAGAAAGACACCGUCGCCAUUGUCCCUGGCAAUCGAUUCUUCCUGACCUCAUUUGGCGCGCUGUACAUCUCAGAAGUGCAGAAGGAAGAUGCCCUUUCCACCUACCGCUGCAUCACAAAGCACAAGUACAGUGGAGAGACUCGUCAGAGCAACGGAGCCAGGCUCUCUGUUUUGGACCCUACGGAGUCCACCCCGUCAGUGCUGGACAGUUUCCAGUCCGGUGAGGUGCAGGUGGGGCAUAAUGUGGAGCUGCCCUGCAUCGCCUCUGGAUAUCCAAACCCGACCAUCCGUUGGCUAAAGGAUGGUCGACCAUUACCAGCAGACUCGCGCUGGACACGGCGCAUCACUGGUCUCACCAUUUCAGACUUGAGACUCGAGGAUAGCGGCAACUACAUCUGUGAGGUCACCAACAGCUUUGGCUCCAAAGAGGUGACGGGUCACCUCAACGUGAUAGAGCCACUGCGGGUUACCUUGUCUCCCAAAAAUCUGAAGACAGGGAUCAGCAGUACAGUCAUCCUCUCCUGUGCUGUUCAAGGUUCUCCUCACUAUAUGGUGUCCUGGUACCGCAACACAGAACCUGUUUUGCCUGAUCAGCACUUUUCAAUCCAGGGUGCUCACAAUGAGACGCUGUUCAUUUCUGCUGCACAAAAAAGACACUCGGGUGCUUACCAGUGCUUUGCCACACGCAAAGGCCAGACUGCCCAGGACUUCUCCAUCAUUCUCCUAGAAGAUGGCACACCCCGUAUUGUUGCCUCCUUCAGUGAGAGGGUGGUUGUCCCGGGUGAACCGUUUUCCCUGAUGUGUGCUGCCAAAGGAGCGCCUCCACCCACCAUCACUUGGACCUUGGAUGACGAGCCUGUGGCCAGAGAUCUGUCGCGUGUCAGAGCCAGUCAGUACACCCUGUCUGACGGCAGCACCGUGAGCCACGUGAACGUCAGCAACCCACAGAUUCGUGAUGGUGGAGUGUAUCGGUGCGCCGCACGAAACUCAGCCGGUAGUGCUGAGUACCAAGCGCGCAUAAACGUAAGAGGUCCUCCAAGGAUUCGGCCAAUGAAGAAUAUCACCGCCGUAGCAGGAAGAAACACUUUCAUAAACUGCCGUGUGAUUGGGUACCCUUAUUACUCAAUAAACUGGUACAAGGAGGGACUUCUACUGCCUGACAACCAUCGCCAGAUUAUCCUUCCUCCACUGAUCCAGCCAUUUGACUUUCCUCCGACUUCCAUCGGUAAAUUGAUGUACAUUGCCUGCGUGGUGUCGUCUGGGGACAUGCCCAUACGCAUCACAUGGCGCAAGGAUGGCCAGGAGAUCGUGCCCUCUUCGGGCAUCACUAUCGACACGAAGGAGUUCAUGAGCUCCCUCCAGAUAUCGAAGGUGUCGCUCAAGCACAAUGGCAACUACACCUGCAUUGCCAGCAAUGAUGCUGCCACUGUCAGCACAGAGAGGCAGCUCACGGUUACAGUGCCUCCUCGGUUUGUGGUGCAGCCCAAUAACCAGGAUGGGAUCUAUGGGAAGUCAGCUAUCCUGAACUGUUCUGUUGAUGGAUACCCUCCUCCUAAGGUCAUGUGGAAGCAUGCCAAAGGUGCAUUAGCGGGUAUUGGGAACCCACAGCAGUACCACCCUGUGCCUCUGACGGGCCGUAUUCAGAUCAUGAAUAAUGGCUCUUUACUUAUCAGACAUGUCCUGGAAGAGGAUCGGGGCUUCUACCUCUGUCAGGCCUCCAACGGCGUGGGCUCAGACAUCAGCAAAAGCAUGGUCCUCACAGUUAAGAUCCCAGCAAUGAUCACCAGUCACCCCAACACCACCAUGGCUAAGAAGGGUCACUUGAAGGAGUUGAACUGCACAGCCAGGGGAGAAUGGCCCAUCAUCAUCCGCUGGGAAAGGGGUGACACCGUCAUCGACCCCGAUCGCAACCCCCGAUACUCCAUUACCACCAGUCCCAAUGAAAAGACUGAUGAGGUGCUGUCAACACUCAAGCUCAAGCCAGCAGAGCGUGAGGAUUCAGUCUUCUUCUCUUGUCAUGCCAUCAACUCUUACGGAGAGGGACGAGGCCUUAUCCAGCUCACUGUGCAAGAGCCUCCAGACCCUCCAGAGCUAGAGGUGCGAGAAGUGAAAGAUCGUAGCAUGAAUCUCAGGUGGACACAGAGAUUUGAUGGGAACAGCGUAAUUACAUCAUACGAUAUCGAAUACAAGAACAAAACAGAUUCCUGGGAACUAAAGCAUGCCACCCGAAAUAUCUCUCCAACCAACAACCAGGCCAACAUAGUGGAUCUUCAUCCUGCAUCUGUCUACAGUAUCCGCAUGUACUCCUACAAUGCUAUAGGCAAAAGCGAGGCUAGUAAGGAACUCACUAUCAGCACAGAGGAAGCACAGCCUGAUGGUCCUCCAAUGGAUGUCAUCCUGCAGCCUGUGACAUCUCAGAGUAUCAGGGUCACAUGGAAGGCUCCAAGGAAGGAGCUGCAGAACGGUGUCAUCCGCGGUUACCAAAUCGGUUACAGAGAAAAUGGCCCAGGUAGUAAUGGGCAGUACAGCAUCGUGGAGAUGAAGGCCACUGGAGACAGUGAGGUCUACACACUGGACAACCUGAAGAAGUUUGCCCAGUAUGGUGUGGUUGUCCAAGCUUUCAACAGAGCAGGCACAGGACCUUCCAGCUCAGAGAUCAAUGCUACAACACUAGAAGACGUACCCAGUCAGCCUCCUCAGAAUGUGCGAGCCAUCUCUGUAACAUCUGACGAAGCAGUUAUCACAUGGGCUGAGCCUCCAAGACUGACACUUCACGGUGUAUUGAAGGGAUAUCGUGUUGUUUUUUGGGCUGUUUUCCCAGAUGGAGAGUGGGGUGAAAUGCAGAACAUCACAACCACCAAAGAGCAAGUGGAGCUGAGAGGCCUUGAAAAGUUUACUAACUACAGCAUCCAAGUGCUGGCCUACACCCAGGCUGGGGAUGGCGUCCGGAGCAACGUCCUUUAUAUCCAAACCCGUGAGGACUACCCUGGACCCCCAGCUGGCAUCAAAGCUGUGCCCUCCUCUGCCAGCAGUGUCGUAGUGUCGUGGUUGCCCCCUCACAAGCCAAAUGGAAUCAUCCGCAAGUACACCAUUUACUGCUCCAGCCCCGGGUCAGGCCAACCGCUCCCAAGUGAGUAUGAAGCUAAUCCAGAGCUGCUGUUUUAUCGAAUCACACACCUCAACCACCGCCAGCAGUACCUGAUCUGGGCUGCAGCCGUCACCACUGCAGGCCGAGGUAACUUCAGCGAAAAGGUCACUGUGGAGCCAGCUGCCAAAGCCCCAGCUAAAAUCCUCUCAUUUGGCGGUACCGUGACCACUCCCUGGAUGAAAGAGGUGCGACUGCCCUGUAGCUCAGUAGGAGAACCUACACCUACCAUAAAAUGGACCAAAGACAGUGAGGACACAGCCAUACCAGUUUCUCUAGAUGGGCAGCGUCUCAUUUUGGCUAAUGGGACUCUGGUGCUGCGCUCUGUCAAAGCUGAGGAUUCUGGUUACUACACCUGCACAGCCACAAACACACUUGGCUUUGACACUAUUAUAGUCAACCUUUUGGUGCAAGUACCUCCAGACCAGCCACGUCUAACCGUCUCUACCACCUCCACCUCCUCCAUCACUCUGGCUUGGAUACCAGGAGACAAUGGCGGCAGCUCUAUAAGAGGUUUUGUUCUGCAGUACUCUGUAGACAACACAGAGGAAUGGAAAGAUGUUUUCAUCAGUUCUAGCGAGCGCUCUUUCAAAUUGGACAACCUGCGCUGUGGGACCUGGUACAAAGUCAAGCUGGCUGCCAAGAACAGCGUUGGUGCCGGACGUAUCAGUGAGAUCAUUGAGGCAAAGACUCACGGGCGAGAACCCCAGUUCAACAAAGACCAGCCUGUCUUCACCCACAUUAACUCCAGCCAUGCUCGCCUCAACUUGCAAGGCUGGGCCAGUGGAGGCUGUCCGAUCACAGCUGUCACGCUAGAAUUUAGACCGAAAGGCACUUGGACAUGGCAGAACGUGCGCACCAACGCCACCACAGAUGUGUUCCUGGCAGAGCUGCGUGAGGCCACCUGGUAUGAGUUAAAGAUGAAAGCUUGUAACAGUGCUGGCUGUGGUAACCAGAGCUCCCAGUUUGCCACUCUAGACUAUGAUGGCAGCACAAUACCGCCAAUUAAAUCCCCUCUGGAGAAGAACGACGAUGUCAAGAAGCUGUUUUCUAUUGGCUGUCCUGUGAUCUUGGUCACACUUGGUGUUGCGUUGCUCUUCAUCAUUCGCAAGAAACGCAAAGAAAAGAGACUAAAGAGACUGAGAGAUGCCAAAAGCUUAGCAGAGAUGCUGAUCAGUAAAAACAACCGCAGUUUCGACACCCCGGUUAAAGGGCCUCCUCAGGGCCCACGGCUGCACAUCGACAUCCCCAGAGUGCAGCUGCUAAUUGAGGACAAAGAAGGCAUCAAGCAAAUCGGUGAGGACAAGGCCACUAUCCCUGUGACAGACACAGAGUUUAACCAAACUGGGAACCCUCAGAGCUUUUGCACUGGUGUGUCUGUCCAUCAUCCUGCCCUCAUCCAGAACACUGGCCCUUUGAUUGACAUGUCUGACAUCCGGCCAGGAACCAAUCCAGUGUCAAGGAAGAGUGUUAAGUCAGCCCACAGCAUCAGGAACCGCUACUCUAGUCAGUGGACUCUGACCAAGUGCCAGGCCUCUACGCCAGCCCGUACUCUCACCUCAGACUGGCGCACAGUUGGCUCCCAGCAUGGCAUCACUGUCACAGAGAGUGACAGCUACAGUGCCAGCCUCUCGCAGGACACAGAUAAAGGGCGCAACAGCAUGGUGUCAACAGAGAGUGCCUCCUCCACCUACGAGGAGCUGGCAAGAGCAUAUGAGCAUGCCAAGCUGGAGGAACACCUGCAACAUGCUAAAUUUGAGAUUACAGAGUGCUUUAUUUCUGACAGCUCAUCUGAUCAGAUGACUACAGGUACCAACGACAAUGCAGACAGCAUGACGUCCAUGAGCACACCGUCAGAGCCCGGCAUCUGCCGUUUUACUGCCUCGCCACCUAAACCCCAAGACUAUGACCGUGGCAAGAAUGUAGCUGUUCCCAUUCCGCAUCGCGCCAAGAGUGACUACUGCAACCUACCCCUCUACAUGAAGUCAGACCCCUUUUUUCGAAAGCAGGCAGAGCGUCAUGACCCGUGUCCAGUGGUCCCACCACGUGAAGCCUCUAUUCGUGGCCUGGCCCAACGUGCAUACCACACCCAGGGCCGUCAUGUGACUAUGGACUCUGCAAAACAGCAGGCCCUAACCAUGGGCCACUCUGGUCUGUCCAAUCUCACAUCCUCUGGGGCUUCCUCGGGAGGGGCAACAGGAGGCGGUGGUUGUGGCAGUGGAGGGGCAUCUGCUAGCUCUAGCAGCUCCACACUUCCCCAGAGAACUCUCACAAUGCCUGGCUCCUCUGCUGCAGGAGCCCAGAGUGCAGCGGCAGCUGCUGCUUCUGCUGCGGCUUCUGGGGCAUCAUCAUCCUCCGGUGGAGGUGGGGCAGUAGGGGCCACAGGAGGGACCCCUGGAGGUGCAUCUUCAUCUUCCUCCAAGAUGGGAGGAUCCAGAGACUCUCUCCUGGAGAGCAGCUCCUCGGGCUUAGGCAGACUACAGAAGCAAAGGGAUGGAGGGGCGGGGGCCUACUCCAAGUCCUACACACUGGUGUAGCCUGUCAUCACUGCGGCCUGUCACUGUAACUCUUCAUUGAAUGCUGGUCAAGCCAUCGCUUGCCUAGAGCCUCUAUGAAAAAUUGGGGUGAGAAACAUACAGAUGCACAGCUUACCUGUCAGUGCCUGUGCUGUGCCAGGCUGCAGGGGGCUGGUUGGGUUCCCACUGACAAUAUUAUAUGAUGGGGUCAGAGUUGGGUCUCCACAGCACAGGGGUUUGCCUUUCUUUCUGCCUGAUUGCUUUCUGUUAUUAUUGUGUCAUUUUUAUCUCUUACUUCAUCACCCUGGGAAACACCUUUGCCAAAACAUAGAUGAUUUAUUCACAUUUGUUAACUCUAUAUUUUGAUUUUCUGGCAAAGACACAGUACUUAUGCACAAAAUGCUUUCCACGUGCACUGUCUUGUUUUCUGGAUCAAGACAGCUGUAGAAUGAACCAGGUUGCUUGAGUUUCAGAGAGAUGUGUAUUAAGAUUUUUAGGUUUUUAAAAAUGUUGCUUUUUUGGCCUCUGAUGGAAAGGAGCUCAUAUCACAGCAUUGUGCCAUGGCAGGAUGCUUUAUUGUAUGCAUUAACCACCAACCUUGGUGUUACACUGGCUCUGAAAGAUUACUCCAUCGUGGAUUCGUACAUUAGAGGCAAUGGAUGGACCGUCGUCUCAAUAUCAGAUUUGAGACAAAGGGAUUUUCAUAUACAUGCAAUGGAUGAUACAGCAUAGUGGUCUUAAUUGAUGCUUUUCUAAACAGACUCAAAGCAGAGAAGAUGGGAAAAAAAUUCAAGCAUCAUGAAGUGCAAGAUGAAUCCAACCUUUUUCUUUUAAAUCAGUUUUCUGUUUAUUUUCAGAUGAUGGAAAUAUAAUCUCAUGUGCACUAAGAGAAAAUUAGAAUGGAUCCAAGUAACAGAAACCUUCAACAGCCUGCGUGCGUGUGUGUGUGUGCGCGCGUGCAAGCGUGUUUGCGCGGGUGUAUAUGUGUGUAUAUAAAUGUAUGCAUGUGGCAGGCACACCAACGAUGGACCUUUUUAAAAUCAGUCUGUAUGCUGACCUCUUGGGCAGACAUCUGUGUCAAAACUGACAAAUGUUCAUUUUGUACCUGUGAAAGGGGAUAAUGGGUCGAUGCUGAUGAUGUAACGCAACGACCCUAAUUUGGUCCAGCAUUUUGAACUUUGUUUUGGAUUGACGACAUGGCUUAGGAAAUGAAAAACACAGGAAAAGAAGUGGGUUCAGAAGAGAGCUAUUACAGAUUAUAAGAACUAGGUCCCUCUUUUUCUCUUAAACUUCCUCAAGAAGGAAGCGACCAUUAUAUGAUUCAUCAUGGCGCCACAAUAUCCAUUAUGUUUUUUGUUUUAAGCCAUUUUACCUGUGCCCUUUUCCUCCCUUUCUGUCCUUUCCCACUUUCACCUUUACCCACCCGGUCCAUCAUCAUAUCCAUACAGUGUCACUGUGAUCUACUGCUAGCUUACUGGCAGGUCAAAGAGACAAACUGACUGAGAGAAGAGGUCUAAUAUGCACAGACGGGCAGAAAUGCUAUUUGAUGUGUAGUGUCAGCUUGAAUGAGAAGCAAGUCGCAGCAGAUUUAUGGAGAUUUAUGAAGAAAAAUCAUAUUUGCAUAAUCUUGAAUUUAUAAACAGACAGUAAUGUUUAAGAGUAUAAUCAGAGGGAUCGAGCGUCAAUAUAAUGUGAAGUAGCAGAGAGAUUUUUCCUCAAAAAUAAGUGGUCUUUGAAACUAAAAGGAGUAUUUUCAAGUCCCUCCACCUUGCUGAAAUUAUUUUUAGCUUUAUGCAUGGUACUGUAUCUUUUUUUUAUUAUUACUAUUAGUUCUUCUCCCAAAGCUUAAUCCCAUAACAAAGAUCGUUCCAAAAAAAAAGAAGAGUUGCUCCACAUGUUUUUCAGUGGUCGAACAUAACAUCAGGGCUCUCGCAAUAGAAAAAAGAAAAAGAUAUAUGUUUGUUUUCAAAAGUAUGUACAUAUAUAUUUCUAUUCAAAUAUAUAGCAAAUAUAUGAAUAUUGAAAAAAAUGCAGAGAAAUAUAAAAGCCGUUCUAAUUGAAAAU